AUGAUACCACCCAAGUUCGUUAGACUUCAUCGCGGAACUUUGCCUAGAAAAUGCUUGUUAAAGGCAAGUCAUACACAAUAUUCAUGGCCUGUAAGAGUGAAGCAGAUGAACAAUUUUUUGUAUUUCAAGAAGGGUUGGGGAAAGUUUGCCCAAUUUCAUUCGUUAAAAUCUCGUGACUUGCUAGUGUUCCGGUAUGAUCAAGAUUCCGUGUUUUCCGUGGACAUGUUUGAUGAGUCUUGCUGUUCCAAGAAACUUGUUACUACCUCUCAGAAUGAAAAACCCAGGACGAAAUCUUCUCCAGCUAUAGAAUCCAGCAAAUUUAAGACAUUCGUCAAUCAUAAGAAACCAGGUGGCCUUAUAGCAGCAGAAGAGCUUAUGGCAAGCUCAGAGUUCCCCAAAUUCAUCUUGGUUAUGCAACCAAUUUACGUAAAAUCUGGUGGCUAUAUGCAUGUUCCACAAGAGUUUGCAAAUAUGCAUCUAGAAGAAAGCCCAAGGGAAUUGAAGAUUGAGGUCGGAGAUAAGACAUGGAGCAUUGGAAUAGUGAAGGACCGACGUUCACGAAGGCUGACUAAGGGUUGGUGUCCAUUUGUUAGAGAAAAUGGUCUGAAACUGGGGGAUGUAUGCGUUUUCCAACUCACAAAUGCUCAAGAUUUUACCCUCAAACUUUCAAUUUUUAGCAGCACCACUUAA